CAGCUAAGGGACGGUGGAGAGGAAGGACCCCUCGGCGCCGUGUGAGGGGACGAGGCCGGGCCGGGAGCGCCGGGAGCUGCCCGGGACACCGGGACACACCGGGAGGAGUCGCGCCGGGGCCCUGCCUCCGCCCGGAGCACCGGGACACACCGGGAGGAGUCGCGCCGGGGCUCUGCCUCCGCCCGGAGCACCGGGACACACCGGGAGGAGUCGCACCGGGGCCCUGCCUCCGCCCGGGGCACCAAGUCCCCUGGCCUCGGGUCUGCGGCGGGGCCCGGCGGGGGCAGCGGGCCGCAGGCGCCGGGCUCCCCCGGCCGAGGAUGUCUGGCAGCGGCCCGGGAAGGCCGGCGGAGGUGGCAGAGUGGCCGGCACAUCCCUUCGAUGACUUCUUUGGGAGCACAGGCCUCGGCCUCUGCGCCGUGAGGCCGCUGAGGGGCAGAGCCCGUGGGCAGAAGCAGAGAGCCCCGAGCCCCGUGGCAGAGAGGAGCAGAGCCCCAGCUCGUGCCAGGAAGAGAAGCAAGCCGGGUGCCGCGGAUCUGCCGUGCGCCGCGCCCGGCCGCAGCCAGGCCCAGGAGGAGCUGCCGUGGGUGGAGAGAUACAGGCCUGAAAGCCAGAGUGACCUUGCUGUGCAAAAGAAGAAAAUUGAGGAAGUUGAAACCUGGUUAAAAACACACAUAUUUCAGAGGCAGCCAAAGCAGGGUGGCUCUGUCUUGCUGCUGACUGGCCCUCCUGGCUGUGGAAAAACUGCAACUCUGCAAAUUCUAGCCAGAGAUCUUGGCCUUCAGGUGCAAGAAUGGACCAAUCCACUCUCUUUAGACUUCACAAAGGAAGACUUGAGGAACAUGUUUGGCCAUGACUCAAAUUUUCAUACGUUUCCGAGUCAGGCCCAAGCAGCUCUCUUUCAAGAUUUUCUAUUAAGAGCAAAUAAGUAUAACAAACUUCAGAUGCUUGGGGAGUCCUCAGAAAAUGAUAAAAAGCUUAUUCUUAUUGAAGACAUUCCUAACCAAUUCUACCGAGAUCCUGGCAGCCUGCAUGAAAUCCUCAGGAGUUUUGUUCGCAGGAGCAGGUGCCCCCUGGUCUUCAUAAUCUCAGAUAACUUCAGUGGAGACAGCAACCAGAGGUCACUGUUCCCCGCUGACGUUGUAGAGGAGUUGUGUAUAUGCAAUAUUAGUUUCAAGCCUGUUGCACCAACAAAUAUGAUGAAAGUUCUCAAUCGAAUAGCUGCAGCAGAAGCCUCUAUGAACAGAGAGAAUUGCACCCUUGACAGAACUUCUCUGGAGUUGCUUUGCAGAGGUUGUUCAGGUGACAUAAGAAGUGCAAUAAACAGCCUUCAGUUCUCCUCUACAAAAGGCUGCUCAUUGGAGAAAGAAUUUUGGUCGAAGAAGAAGAAGAGCUCCACAGUAAAAUGUGAGGAAGCAGGAGUAUCCAAAGUACGAAAGAAAAGUAAAUGUGAUACCUCAGAAGACCAGGAGAUACAAGCAAUUGGUGGCAAGGAUGCAUCCAUUUUUCUUUUCCAUGCUCUGGGGAAAAUUAUUUAUUGCAAAAGAGAAGCAGUGCCAGAAGCAGAGUGCCCUCAGCUGCCUGCUCACCUGUGCAGACACCGCCGGGACACGCUGCUCAUCCAGCCUGAGGAAAUUGUGGAGAAAUCACAUAUGUCUGGAAGCAUGUUCAAUCUGUACCUUCACCAGAACUACGUGGACUUUUUUCCUGACAUAGAUGAUGUAGUGAGAGCCAGUGAAUAUCUGAGCACUGCUGAUGUCCUUUGCAGUAACUGGAGUGCACGGCUUGUGAUGGAGAGCUACAGUGCCUCUGUGGCCACCCGGGGGGUGAUCCACUCCAACACCUCCAGAGCCUUUGCCCACCAGCAGGGAGGCAUGGGCUUCCGACCCUUGCACAAACCCCAGUGGUUUUUGAUCAAUAAAAAGUAUCAGGACAAUUGCAUUGCUGCAAAAUCUCUGUUCUCAAGCUUCUGUUUACCACCUGAGUGCCUUCAGACAGAGCUGCUGCCUUAUCUUGCUAUGUUAGCAAACCCAAUGAGAAACCAAGCUCAGAUUGCUUUUAUCCAAGACGUGGGGAGGCUGCCACUCAGGGGCUGUGGGGUCACCGUCACCGGGGGGUUGAACAAAGCCUGGGAGUGGCACUCGUGCCAGGGUUCAGUUGAUGGGGAGGUGUGA